UGACAUCAGUUGUACUAAAUACCAGUGUUGUUUAGCACUAGUAGCGGAUCUAGUUGAGGAAAAGGUGGGGUUUGUGGCUACAGGUGGGGUACAGGUACAGACCAGGAUACAGACCAGACAGUGAUACAGGAAACAUUUAGGAGUGUGUUAACACUAACCGUCCAAGAUGGGGGCACUUUUCCGCAGUGAAGAGAUGAACCUCUGCCAGAUCUUUCUACAGUCGGAGGCAUCGUACGCUUGUGUGUCAGAACUUGGAGAGUUGGGCCUUGUUCAGUUCAAGGAUCUUAAUCCUGAUGUGAAUGCUUUCCAAAGGAAAUUUGUCAAUGAAAUUAUGCGAUGUGACGAAAUGGAAAGAAAGUUGCGAUACAUUGAGAAGGAACUGAAGAAAGAUGAAAUGAAAAUUCCGGACACGAAUGAAAACCCAAAGGCUCCUGCACCAAAAGAAAUGAUAGACCUAGAGGCAACAUUUGAGAAAAUUGAGUCGGAGCUUCGGGAGGUCAACACUAAUGCUGAAGCUCUGAGGAGAAACUUCCUGGAGUUAUCAGAGCUGAGGGAGGUCCUGAAGAAGACACAAGUCUUUUUUGAAGAACAUGGUGGACACCACAGUAUGAUUGACGAUGCCCAGAUGGCCCUGGUCCAUGAUGAAUCUGGGGUGCCCUCCACCACUGUCCAACUUGGAUUUGUAGCGGGCGUGGUUCCCAGGGAGAAAAUCCCCGUGUUUGAGAGGAUGAUGUGGUUUGCCUGUCGUGGUAACGUGUUCUUGCGUUACGAAGACAUUAACCAGGUUAUGAAGGAUCCAGUGACUGGAGAUGAAAUCCACAAAUCUGUCUUCAUAGUGUUCUAUCAAGGUGAACAGCUCAAGGCCAGAGUAAGGAAAAUCUGUGAGGGGUUUAAAGCAGUUUUAUACCCAUGUCCAGAAAAUGCACAGGAGAGAUUUGAGAUGUCUAAUGGUGUGGCUACUAGACUGGAGGACCUGAAAACUGUGUUAUACCAGACAGAGGAACACAGGAGACGUGUGCUUGCAAGUGCACAGAAGGAAAUUCGACUGUGGGUGAUUAAGGUCAAGAAAAUCAAGGCCAUCUAUCAUACAUUGAACCUGUGCAACUUUGAUUUGUCUCACAACAGUCUUAUUGCCGAGUGUUGGUGUCCAGUUGUAGCACUAGAGGAUGUACAGAGGGCACUUAGACAUGGAACGGAACUCAGCGGAAGCACAGUACCAAGUAUUCUACAUAGGAUGAAUACAAAAGAAACCCCACCCACUUUCUUCCGCAAUAACAAGUUCACUGCUGUGUUUCAAAGUAUCAUACAUGCAUAUGGUGUAGCCGACUAUCAGGAGGUCAACCCUGCACCGUACACCAUCAUAUCUUUCCCCUUCCUGUUUGCUGUGAUGUUUGGAGAUGUUGGUCACGGAUUCAUUAUGUUUUUGUUUGGACUGUGGAUGGUUGCAUACGAAAAAAAGUUACUCGCCCAAAAAUCUGACAAUGAGGUGUGGAAUAUUUUCUUUGGUGGUCGAUACAUCAUCCUGAUGAUGGGACUGUUCUCAGUGUACACUGGACUCAUCUACAACGAAGUGUUUGCCAAGUCAAUCAAUAUAUUUGGAUCAUCAUGGAAGCCAAAUUAUGAUGAUUCAGCCCUAGAAGCCAAUACUGACCUGACACUAAACCCUGCAACGAUGUUUGAUAAUGUCACGGGACCGUAUCCCCUAGGUUUAGACCCUAUAUGGUUGUCCAGUCUUAACAAGAUCACAUUCACCAACUCAUUCAAGAUGAAGAUGUCGAUUACCAUUGGUAUCAGCCAGAUGUUGUUGGGUGUCAUGCUAAGUGUCAUCAACCAUAUUUACUACCGUAACUGGCUCAACAUCUUCUGCCAGUUUCUCCCAGAGUUACUUUUCCUUUUGUGUCUGUUUGGUUAUCUGGUUGGUCUCAUCUUCUACAAAUGGGUUGCCUACAAUGACCGCUGUACACAGUGUGCUCCAUCACUUCUCAUACACUUCAUCAACAUGUUCCUGGUUAAAUACCAGCACGCAAAUGAUGGUUUUGAGACACAAUCUUAUCAGUGUGAAACAGCUGAUCCAGACGUGACAGGAUGUACCUCCCAGACAGUAUUCUACCCAAACCAGAUGAUCGCUCAGCUUGCCUUGGUAGUUGUGGCCCUUUUGUGUGUACCUACCAUGCUGUUCAUCAAACCGUUUGUUCUCCGAUCCAGACACAACAAAAUGUUGAAGAACAUGGAAGGCAGGAGAGAAGGUCUUGCAGCUAUUUCUCAGAGUGCCCUUAUACAUAAUGAAGAACUGAAUGAGCAGUCUGGUACUGGAAACGGUACCGCAGACAAAGAGCAAGCUAUCUCCGAUAUUGAGCUUGGGAUUAGAAGCCGCCUUAUAGAGGACAAUUUGAACGAAGCCCCGAUUACUGUCCGUUCAUCAGAGGUGAAACUGAGCAUCAACGGGGAAGGUGGGGAACAUAACCAUGCAGAGAGCGAGGACCAGGGUCCUGAUGAUGUGAAAGUAGAUGAUUUUGACUUCAGUGAGAUAUUUAUUGGCCAAGCUAUCCAUACCAUAGAGUACUGCCUGGGCUGUAUUUCUCACACAGCGUCCUACCUCCGACUGUGGGCCCUCAGUCUCGCUCACUCACAGUUGUCCGAAGUCCUGUGGGGAAUGUUGUUCCGGGUCAGUCUGACGAUGGAUAUACCAUACGCAGGCUCCGUUAUUAUAUUUGCAGUAUUUGCAGUGUUUGCUGCUCUGACUGUUGGAGUUCUCCUGUUGAUGGAGGGACUGUCUGCUUUCCUCCACACCCUUCGUCUUCACUGGGUCGAGUUCCAGAGCAAGUUCUACCAUGGAAACGGUUAUAAUUUUGAUGCAUUCAGCUUCAAAAAUCUUCAAAAUGCUGAACUAGAUGAUUGAUGAAUGGAAACCAACUCUUUGUGUUUAUGGAGCUAACAACCAUUGUAUGCACAAGGAGACGAUAGCUUCUUGCCAGAUAAAGACACACACAUAUAUAUAUAUAUAUAUAUAUAUAUAUAAAAUACUUAUAUAAGCUAUAAUGUAGAUCAUUGAUUCCCAGCUACAUGUGAUUCAGAUAAUAAUUAUCAAUGAUUGACAACGAAAAUGUAAUCUGGUACAGUUUUAUUGAAAAUUACAGAUGUUGUAUUUAUUGUUUAGGUAUAUCUUAUACGGAGAGAGUUAAAAUAAUUCUGACAAUUCAAGAUCCGAGUGGACAGAGUCCACUUUGUGUGUGUUAAUAUCAUCAUUACUGUUUCCUUUUUACGGAUUGAAAGAGUUUUACCAUCAUUAGAAAUCAGGACGGAACUAGCAAUGUAAUUAUUCAGUAUUCUGGUGAAUCUUGACAUUAAGAUUCAAGGUCUGUACACAUCUACAGGUCAGCAAGGAUUUAUGUCCGAAAUGCUACAUACUGGUUUGUUAAUAUAAAAGAACAGGUGCCCUGAUUAAAACCACAGGUUCAUCACAACCUCUUUUAGUAUUAUUUGCCAAAAUUGUUUGCAGUCUUUCAUUAUGUUUUUAAGAAAUAUGUUUUGUUAAAAUAUCAAGCAUUCAUUUGAAAGUGUUGGUCAUUUUGAGUGAAUAACUAGGAUUUUGUAAUCAUGAAAAAAAAAAUGCAUUGGAAUAAGAAUUUUAGAAAUUAGAAGUUUAAUAAUACAUUCCAUUUAUUAAAGUAUAGAUUGUUUGUUAUCCAAUUAGUUUUAAUAGGUUUAGUAGGCCUGGUUGUAGAUGUUGAACUCAUAGAAAUGUUUAUUUUCAUGUCAGCAUGAUUAUGAGUUUACAAUUACUUUUGUUGUCAUUUACUGACAGAUCUAAUAUUGAAUUUCAAUACAUUUUUGAAUUAUUGGUAUACUACAAUUUCUUUCAGUGCCAGCUAUCUCAAUUAUUACUCCUAAGAACUGGGUAAAAAUGAAAAGAAUAUUUUUGUAGAUUUUUGUGUUCACCAGAUUUAAGUUUUGAUUACUUAUCAUUUCUCACCACCAGUUUAUUAUGACAAAGACAUGGCAUUAUCCCCACCAAACAUUCACCCUUGUUAAUUGAAUGAAAUUUGUGGUGUAAAGAGCACCGUCUACAUAUAAAGUAUUGACAUCCUUACAAUUAAGAAUGUCCGAUUCCACUUACCUUUUGUGUCAUUGUUCCAGAACAAAUUGAAUUUCAGUAUCUUUGUUCAAAAUCAUGUUUGGUAUGAACUUAUGGGUUUCAGGGAAGUGACAUAUCACUUUGUACAUCCCAUUUAUAUCAAGAAUUCGCAUAAUUUCACUUGCUUUUGUACUAUUUAUAGAAUCAGGGUAAUUCUACAUACACAUAUUUCAUUCUAUAAUCUUAUAUUAUGCAAACUUGCAAACGGUAGUUAAAUAGUGAAGAGAAACUUCAGAUCAACAAAAAAUUAUCAUUAGAUCAUAUCAUUGUCUACUUUUUUGAGGAAAACAGUUCAUGGUUUUAUCAUUAAAAUUUAUGGAAAUUACAAAAAACGUAUCUGAUAAGCAGGGUACUGUAUAAAAUUAAUGAUUUUAUGGUCAUAACUCUUUCAGGUUUGUAAAAAAGGGAAGGAAACAGUAGGAAUUCCGGGCCUAGACCCAUUGCCAAAUUAAUUUAUAACCACCUCCAUUUGAAAUAAACGGUAAUAAACUGUCAUCCCAUGGUCAAAGCAUACAUUAUCUUCUAUCACAGGGAACGAAAAUUGGGCUUAAAGAUGAGAAAUUGCUCAAAAAAUUAUCGCCUUGAUAGUAGUCCUUCCAAUAUUACCAUUUUAAAAAAUUGCAACCAUUAGUUAAAAUUGGUACAUUGUGUGUAACUUUGAGCAUCAAACUUGGGUGAUGAAACGACUUAUGUAUUCAGAAGUAGAUGUUGUUUGUAUGGUUAGAUAUUGAUAAAGCAAGUCCAACUUUGUGCCUUUUUUUUGUGCCAUCUUCCCUAUAUUAUAUAACUUAAACUUUAAUAACCACUUUCUAAACAUUUGUAAUUUUUUGUCUUCCCCCAAAAAACUGUUAUACUGGUUAUUAAUUUAUAUAUUAAAAUUGAAAUUUCAAUUUGUAAAAUUUAUUUUCUAAUAUGAUAAUUAAAUAUAUAGUUAUGCAUUG